AUGCCAGAAUCGGACCCCCCGCAUGAAGAUCAGAAGGGUAGCCACUUUGUCAAGGAGCACCAAGAACGCGGCACUAUCCGAGUCAAGUGCAACCCAACCCUGGCCCUCGAGCCCUCCCCGGCAACGACUCCACGGGCGGCUGGAGGAUUCUUCCGUGGCCUUUCCGGCAUGAUGAACGCAUACAACAACAACGAUAAUCAGGAUUUGGAUUUUGGCGAUGACACCAGGCCUCAGACAGAGGACAUUAAACGCUUCAACGACAGCGACAAGGAGGAAGACAAGGGUUACGGUUCUGCAGUAGGCUUGGGUGAUGGGGAACCACCGCCACCACCACCACCACCACCACCAUUUCCGCCGCCGCCUCCAGGGGCACCAAGCAAGCAGACGGUCGAGUUCGUUAGCCAACAGGAGAGGAACACCAGGACCGGCAGCAUCUGCUCCAUCACGUCCGACGGCAUCGGCACCGGCUCCGGCCGCUCGUCGCUGGCCAUCCCGUCGGGCGGCAUCCUUCGCGAGGUCACAAUCGAGGUCCAGUACGAGGAUCUGGCGAAGUGA